AUGGAUGGAUUCGAGGAAUUUCUUGCAGUACGAGGUGUCCAGCGAUCAUUGAUUAGUCAACAAAACACAACAAGAUAUGAUCAUGUGAGGUACAGACCUCAGGGAAGGGACACUUUUGACCUGUCCGAAGACGAAUACAUGGAUGAAGGCGAGAUGAUUCAGAAUAUUUCCAAUGACAACGAAGUUCAAGCAGAUGGAUUUAACACGGAAUCUGAAGAUGGAUUUAACCCGGAAUCUGAAGAUGGAUUUGAUACAGUGGGAAUGUGGAGUGAGGAAAAUCGAACUGAUGAUCGUUCAGACAAUGGAGAUGGGUAUGUACUGGUAAUUCUUCCGCAACUUGCAAAUCAUGACACUUUAGUGGAACAUCCUAUGGCAAGUAUGGAAACAGAAGAUUUCGCAAGUCGGUUCGGAGUGGGAACAAACGUGGGUGAAGUUAGCAACCCGGAGCAAAGAUUGAGGAUACAUGAAGAUGAAAUUCUGGAGGAUUUCGAUCUGCAUUUUAAUGCCAUUAACUUCACCUCCUCUGGUAUAAGUAGAUCUACCAUAUCUCGUCUUGGUCAAAUUGAUCGCAACUACAAGUAUACAGAGAAACCCCUGUCAAGUGUGAAAUUCAAAUAUCCUAUCUUACAUGAUAAAGCAAACUUUAUUUACUCCCCGCCAGUACGCAAACUUGACAGGGACAGCAGCUAUCAGGUUAAAAUUGAACGUGAUCGAAACGAGUUUCUACUACAACAAGCUCCAGCAGAAAAGUUUCACAAUGGAUUGAAAUUAAGGGCAAUCGGAGAAACAACAUUGACCCCAAUGAAAGACUGUAUGAGGUAUAGGAAUAAUUUAAGUUGCAUAUUUUCCCAAGACAGUGAUUACCUUGUUAUUGGUGUUGGGUCUUGGCUAAAUAUAUAUGACUUUGAUCCAAUAAAAAAUUUGCCAAAUGGAAAACCUCGUUUACGAUUUGACACCAAACCUUCAUUUUCGUCAACUACGGACCAAGUAGUUUCCACGUGGCCGCAUUUCCCACAUGGUAUAAAUUUUAUCAGAAGUUGUCAGUUCCUUGGCAAGACUGUUGUUUGCGCAUGUGUUGACGAUGGACGUUUGUUAAUAUGGUUUGCCGAACGAUUUAUUGAACAAAUGAAACCACUUGAUCCUUCAGGAGAGAGAGACGAUUUCAGAAAUUUAGCUAUAUCACCAGAUUUCAAGUUGAGGUUAAGUGCUUCAGUAUGGGGACUUGAUAUAAGGGAAAACAUCAUUGUUGCUUCAGACAACUCGCAAAGUGUUGUUUUGUUGUUCUAUCAUGAGUUGGACGGGAGGUUUUAUCAUGUAAAAUCACAACAAGUGUUACAUAAUGUUCCCAGUGUAUCCAUAGUAAAGUACACGGAGGAAACCAUCCACGUUGCUUGUGCCUCCAUUUCUGGAGAACUAAUAAUUUUUGAGUUCCAUUUUGUACUCAAUGCGGGACCAUUGGACAAGUCAGCUUUGGAUUUUUUCACAAAUGGAAGGGUAUACUACACAGAUCCCUUGAUUGAGUCCUUGGAGUAUGGUAACGGAGAUGACGAUGUGUAUCGUCGUCACCGGAAUCAUGAUCUAUACGAUGAUUUGAUCAGUCGCGGGAAUAACGUCUUCAAAAGAGUUUGCUUUCAAGAGCCUUUGAUUGUGUCACGUUGUGUUUUGAACGAGGAUUGCUGGACGGUCCAACCUUUCCAUCACAAUUGGUUUCUACCGGUUGGGUCAUUGCAAUCGGUUUUCGGUGAUUGCGAAAUUGACGAUGAAAAGGAGCAAUCACGAAUUAUAGCAGAAAGUGCAAUCUUGAAAGGGAAACGUGGUCACAAGUCACACGAGGAGAGAAUUGAUGACAGUGAGAGUGAUGGGAUCAUUGGUAAUCAAACAAGUCUUGGUGUUGCUGCAAAGUACCAAUUUUACAAAUCAGAGUCUAUAGAUUUCAAUGGUGUUGCAGAUCCUACUAUUCGGAUCCCGCCAGUUGCUAAAAUGACAAACAUCAGUGAUGAAUAUAAACGAAUUCACAGAGACUUUAUACUUUACGAAAAGAGGCGAAACCUUGUUGACGAUUUCUUGGUUGUGACUACAUCAAAGAAAGCUGCGUUGUUCAAAUAUCCAUCCUUGUAUUGUCCUUGCGCUACUAAUCCGUUGUUCAACUUGGAUUUGGGGCGGAAGCAAGAUAGUUGUUAUUCAAAUAGACUUUCUAUUUCAGCUGUGAUACCAGAAUUGUCAUGCUUUAUUGCCGUUUCCCAGCAAGGUAUGGUGACGAUUAUGAGAUUAUGCACAUACAGAGGGGUAUAUGGAAUGAGGCAAGAACAUGUUUUCCCCAAUGCUUUUAGGAUGGCAGUUGCUGAAACUGGUGAUUAUAGAAGCAUUGUUGGAUUGAGUGUACGAGAAAAAGGUAGUCAAGAAGGUGCCAAUAAUGGGGAUUGCGAUUGUGGCAUUGUUGGAGGUGAGAAGAACAGUCCGUCGUUUUUGCUUCAUAUAUUAUAUGACGAUGGUACCCUUUUUGGUUAUGAUUUAAAAGAGUAG